UAGGCGUCUAUGGAGUUGCCUGUUCAAAACAUUUGAAACGUUGAGGGAAAUCGUUUAAAGAGAGUUCAUCCAGCUCGUGUAAUAAACAUAAGUGGACCCACUCGUUCAGAAAUGCAACCAGCUGCUCUGCGCCGUCCUCAACUCAGGCCUGGUUCAAUAAAACAAAAAACACCAAGUCAUCAUGACCGAAAUGGAUUUUCUUCAACAGCACAACAUCAAAACUCUGCCUUUAAAAGACAAGCUCGAGCUUAAACGUCUCGGAAUUAAUCAGCCGCAGGACGUUGUUGUAAACCAAAGCGCAGAUGUUCAGAAACUUUUGGUGAUUAAAGAAGAGGUUCCCUGGAACUCCAGUCUGGACCAGCAGGAUCCCAAGCUCAUCCACAUAAAGGAGGAAGACGAGGAAGACGAGACCAAACAAGGAGAACAGCUCAAUGGGCGGGAAGAGACCAGUUACUCCAGGUUCCCUUUCAAUGUUAUUGUGAAGAAUGAAAAUGAUGAAGAGGAGCCUCAGUCUUCAUGUCUUUGUCAAAGACAAACGGAUGAAAUCCGAGAGACGGAGCCUCCAUCCAGCAGCUCUUUUAAAUGGAUUAAAACUGAAACUGAUGGAGAGGACUUUAAAAAGCUUGAAUUAGCCAGUAACCCAAACAUUUUACAACCAGUUACAGAUCGACAAAUUUCAGGCUCUUCUGAGACCGACAUCACUGAUACGGAUGAUGAUGAUGAUGAAGAGGAGGGGGAAUGGCAGCAACCUUUGUCACAUGGUGACGGCAAACCGAGCAGGGCACCUGAGUCAGGUGUAAAUAGUGAUGUGGGAUGUAAAGCUGUGAAAAAGCCUUUCAGCUGCUCAGAGUGUGGAAAACAGUUUCUGUACAAGCAGUCUCUGAAGAGACACAUGAGACGCAACACGGGAAAAACCUCCAGCUGUUCGCUUGCUCAGAAAUGUUCUGGAGUGACACAAAAUGCAAGAGUUCAUACGGGAAAGAAAAAGUUUGGUUGUCUGGAAUGUGGUAAAACAUUUAGAGAUCAGUUUAGUCUUAAAUCCCACAUCCGAGUCCACACAGGAGAGCAGCCUUUUGGCUGUGAUGUUUGCGGCAAAAGAUUUAAGCAUCAGCACGACGUUAAGAUCCACAUGAGAAUCCACACGGGAGAGAUGCCGUUUAGCUGCGACGUAUGUGGUAAAAGAUUUAAACAUCAGCACAAUCUGAAGACGCACAUGAGGAUACACACAGGAGAGAAGCCAUACGUGUGUGACAUUUGUGGUAAAAGAGCAAGACAUCAGAAUAACCUGAAGACUCACAUGAUCGUCCACAAAGGAGAAAGACCUUUUGGCUGCGAUCUUUGUGGUAAGAGAUUUAACCGUAAGACGAGUCUCAGGGCGCACAAGGCCGUGCACACGGGGGAGAAACCGUACAGUUGUGAUGUUUGUGGUAAAAGUUACAAACGGAAGACGCAUCUUAGGACUCACAUGAUCGUCCACACAGAGGAGAAACCCUUCGGCUGUGAGGUUUGUGGUAAAAGAUUUAACCGAAAAACAUAUCUAGCGACGCACAUGGCGGUUCACACGGGAGACAAACCGCACUCUUGUGACUUUUGUGGCAAAAAAUUUACUCGGAAAACGCACCUUGAUUCGCACAUUACGGUUCAUACCGGAGAGAAACCUUUCGGUUGUGGCGUUUGUGGUCAAGAGUUUACCCAACAAGGAAGUUUAAACCGACACAUGAGAUUCCACUUGGGGUAGAAACUGUAGCUUAAGUGUGCCAUGCUCUACCUGCCAUUAAACUAAAUACACCCAAUACAAAAUUAGCCUUUUUUGUAUCAUGUUUACUUAAAUGGUGCUCCUCUAGCAGCACUAAAUUAGCACUAUUUUCGGCUAUUCCUGCCUCCAUCUAAGGCAGAUAAGUGGGUUUUUCACCAGGCCAGAGACCAAACGGCAUCACGAGGAAGCGACUGGUUCUCAUGCCGAAGCUUUUCAUAAAACUCCUUUUCUUUCCUGUUCAAUAAUAAAGUAUUAAAACGUAUUUAUUGUAUGUGUAUCAGGAUAAAGGGGUCAUGUUGAGGCACUCUGAGUCAUGAUUCAGUUGAACUUUCAAAAUGUAUUUAGAGCAAUAAUUUCCCACUGACCACCAGCACCCUGCUUGUGGGCUGGAACAUGUUACCGUUUGAUCCUAAAGCUAAAGCACCUUCAGUUACUCUAACAGUGAUUUAGCUCCAUGCCUUAUAACAACUAAUUCAACCCAGCAGGUUGUAACCAUGAGGUAAAAAAAGACUGAUCAACAUCAUGAUUAUUGAUACGCUAAACAGCUGAUGUCACUUUAUGUCCUGUUUUGUAUUAUUGCUUUAUUAUUGUCACAAAUAUUAAAUU